AUGUUGUCGUGUUGUGGCGAUCGUUCCGACUAUUUGGGUGUUCUCGUGAUGGAGAUUGCCAAACUCAUGGAGGAACGGGCCUACAGGCGCUACAUGCUACCCUGUUUGUCGGCAAGGCAGCGGGCGCAUCUUUGGGCGUUGCGGAGUCAGGCGCUAUUUGGCGAUGCACCCAGUGACAGCGAAUGUCCGGGUCCUAAUGGACCGGAAAAAAAUGGUGAAACAACGCAACAGCAAAUAAACUCUACGAAUGUGAAGCAGGUUGGAAAAACGGCAAUGCCCCAUCGGCCACCACAUUGGUAUCAAUUCACAAUGCGUUUUUAUUACUCAGCGUGGGUUGCGCUGCGGGGGACGAUGACGCCGCAGCUUGCCGGUGAGGCUCUGUGUACCGAGUUUUUUUAUCUACUCAAGGUGCAUAACGUCCCUGCCAUGCUGCCUCUCAUGGAAGCCGUCCUCAACGCGGCCCGCGCAAAGGCAAUGACAUUCAAUUUUACAGAGAAGAAGCAACGUAGUUUUGGAGGUGGUAGCACUCACAACCCCGUAAGGGCGAGUGACGGCUUCUACGUUCGUGGAUUCCACGGGGACCCUAUAGUGAUUGCAUUUCUCUGGCUCUGCCGGGCUCAAUCGAUCCCGUGUGAAGUAGAAUUUGAGCCGUUAUCGUCAAAGCUGCCGCACGGCGACGAAGAUUUGUUUCUCGUCAAGUCUUUGGCCCAAAAUGUGGUGCUGACUGAACCUUUGGCAGCAUUUGUUCUCUGCGUUGAGCUAUAUCUGCCCCAAAUUGGGCAUUGGCUGGGGGAACGUGCUCCCUGUGCUGCGUCUUCACCCCACACAACGCGUGCGCUGCAGAAAAGUGCCUGGAUAGAGUACAUGCAUCACAUUUUGGUGGAUCUUCGAGCCCCACUUCUGCAUUUUAUGCGGGAAGUGGCUCAACAAGAGAAGCAGCAUGGAACACCGCGAGGACCUCCGUCCUCAAGGGUCCGUUUAAGUGACCAAGCGAAUACAUCAGGCGGUGCUCCAUCUGGAGUGUUGCAACGGCGUCGAGAGCUGUCUAAAGCCGCUAUGAAGUUACUUGCACGUUAUGAACGGUUUGCCCAGCACUACUGUGCAGCCCAUCCGCAGAAGAUAGUGUCCGUGGCAGAGUUGUGCGUUGCUGCCUACAGUUUUGUUAUUUGUACAAGUCCGCUUUGUAACGAAUUUUUUACUUUACUGGAGGCGGUGCCAUCGGCUCUGGGACAGACUGGAGUGCACGCAGCACUACCCCAUAGUUACCGCCUUUCGCUUUAUGGGGACGGCGAAUCGAAGAAAUCGCUAGCUGUAUCUUCGCAGGAUACGAUGGCGUUGCUUGGUGGUGUCCCGAAACCCUACCGGGACCUCGCGACGCGCAUCUUGCACGGUGCCGUCUCCGUGCACUCCCCUUCUGUUACGGUUCGCAUUGGUGGCGAUGACGAAAGAAACAAAAAUAGUCAUUUAGGAAUUAAAAAAUCGGCAUUUUCGAGUGAUUGGCUUCUUCGCCUCGAUUCAGCCUGGGAUGGACUUGUACCCGGUGCGAAUGAAGCCGCUAUGCUUGUUAUUGAUCGAUUGAUUAAAGUCACAUGCGCCCCGUUUCGGCAAAGUCUUGAGGAGAUACUUUCGCAGGCAUGGAGUACUGCCAAUGAACAGUGCAUAGGUUUCCCGUUCCUCGUACUGGAUAAAGAACAUCAAAAUUUUGUCACGACACCUACCGCCCAUCCUGUCUCCAUGGCACCUCAUGAGGCCCCGUGGAGGGAGGGGAGGGCCGCGGAUGUUGUACGAGGGUACUGGCUAAAGUUGCGCGCUGCAUUUGAUUCAUCUCAGUCAUCCUCUGAACGCAGAAAUUACAGGAGCUCUGCAGCGAAGCUAUAA